UGGUCAGAGUUGUUCAGUCACAACCAAUAGGACACUGCGGCUCUUCCUGUGUUCCUGUAUUCUCUCUGCCCCCUCGCAAAAAUUAUGUAGGCAUCCACCGAAGGUUGCCUUACAAAGAACCUGGUCCGAACCGCUUCAGUCACACCUAUCACAGAACGCCAACGAGACGAAAUCCUGAUGGUGUUAAAAUGAAGACGAAGCGUAACAAAGAAACGGAAGAAGAGGAAGACUAUGAAACAAUCACUGUUAAAACAGAAUGGGAAUUACUCAAGCAGGAGAGUGCAUCUUCUGAAGUAGAUAAUGAAGAAUACACUAUCAAUGGAGAUGACCUUCACAUUUUAAUUAAGGAGGAACCGCAGUCACAGGAGAUCGGCGAGGAUCCCUGUGUGGACACUAACACUUUUACUGAUUGCCAGAAUCUGCAGGAACACAUAAAAGACGAGUUUGUCUCCAACCAUCUUCUGGAGUAUGAGCCGGAUGGAGGUGAUGAUAUCAAGGAGGGGUCAGAGUCCUGGAUUAAGGAGGAGAUGCAGAGUGAAGAGGAGACUGAUGAAGAGGAAGAUUAUGUAGAUAACAGCCAAGAAGACUUUGAGGAGGAUGAGGAUGAAGUGUUCCCAGACUCAUCAUCUGAGUUUUUCCCAUGUCCUCACUGCACUGUCUCCUUUACUAACACGGACUACUUGGAGAAACACGUGAAGUGGGUCCAUCAGAAAGAGUAUCUCGAUAACCUGACAAAAAGCCUCCCAAACCACACACUAAACUUCAACCACAAACACGUCUGCUCCAUCUGCGGCAGCACCUUCAAGUGCAAAGCUCACCUUGGCAUCCACAUGCGUGAAAUCCACCCCUCUGCCCCACCUCGCAGGCUCCACCCGUGCCCUACAUGCGCACGUAGCUUCCAGUAUCUGAAAAAUUUGAAGAACCAUUGCCAGCGCUGGCACAACAUGUCUGUGAAUACUAAAGGAGGGCAUCUCAGUUGUGCGGACUGUGGGAAGAGUUUCAAAGCCACCUGGGGUCAGGGUCGUCAUCUGUGUCACGAACCAGACAACACCGAACCUGAGGAUAGGCCGAUCUGCUUGGACACGGGUGUGCAGUGCUCGGAGUGCGGCAAGAAGCUCCGCACACCUCAAAGCCUGGAGGAUCACAUGCGCACCCACACAGGCGACCGGCCGUUUCUCUGUAAGGAUUGUGGCAGGAGGUUUGGGGAGCGCAGCAGUUGGCGGCAGCACAUGAAAAUACACGUAGGAGAGAAACCGUUCAAAUGCGAGGUGUGUGGCAAGGCCUUUAUAAGGUCACACCACCUCAAGUCCCACUUAACUACGCACUCCGGUAAGAAGGAAUACUCUUGUCCCGAAUGCGGAAAGGAGUUUGGGUUCAAGUCAAGUCUGGAUCUUCAUAUCCGGACUCAUUCAAGCGAAAGGCCGUUCAAUUGCAACGUGUGUGGGAAGAGCUUUAACACUCGGAGGAACCUGAGGGUUCACGCCAAACUUCACAACAACGAGAAAGCUCACAAGUGUGGGGAGUGUGGGCUGGAAAUUAGAGAUCUGGGUGCUUUGAAAGUCCACUUACGGACGCACACCGGAGAAAGGCCUUACCACUGCACCGUGUGCGGCAGCAGGUUCAUUCGCCUCGCUCAUCUGCGCAAUCACCAACGCAUCCACUCCGGCGAGAGACCGUACAAAUGCACCGACUGCGAUAAGAGCUUCACUCAGUCCGGAGAUUUGGUCAAACACAAGAGGAUCCACUCUGGGGAGAAGCCUUAUGAAUGUCCAGAGUGCCACCGCUGUUACACCUCCUCCGGCGAUCUGGGCAAGCACAGGAGGAGUCACACUAACCUGCGGCCUUACACCUGCCCAGAAUGUGGAAAAUGCUUUCGCUUGUCUGGCCAUCUGAAAACGCACAUGCUGACCCACACGGGGGAAAAACCGUACUCUUGCCCCAACUGCCUCCGCAGGUUCGCGCGCUCUCACCAUCUCUCUGGACACGUUGCUAAAUGUCGCUGAGCUUAUCUGUACAUGAAAUAUGCAUUAUUUAAAGUAUAAAUUGUGUCAGCUGUACAGCCUGGCUAACAGACUAGUAAACUCGUCUUUUACUAUUUAUGAACACUUUGUAAAACACUAAAGAUGACAGAUUUAAAUGAAAUCUAGAAAUGAAGUCGCUAACGAUAAAAUGCAUGUAACAGUUUGCACAGCUGCGUGUUUUUAUUCAGUAUCGUUCUAAGCUGUCUCAGAAAACACUAUUUUGAUGAAGGCCUGGAGAUAAGCUAUGAAAUCGAGGUCAUUAAGGACGUACAAAUGCAGUGUUUUACAUAGCUGAGUUAUCUGUAAAACAAAUAAAUUGUGUGAUAAACGCA